CUUUUUCCCCUCACAUUUCCCACUCUUUUUUUCCUCUCACAUUUUCUGCCCUUUUUUAAAACUUGUUUUUUUCUCCAAUGGAACUGGUUUAACUGCUUUAUUUCUCCAGCAGAACUGGUUUAACUAGCUAAACUCUCAAGUGGGACUGGUUUAAUUGGUUAAAAUCUCCAGUGGAACUGGUUUAACUGGUGAAACUCUCCAGUGGAAUAGCUUGAACUGGUUAAAUUCUCCAAUGGGAUUGGUUUAACAGGUUGAAAUCUCCAGUGGACCUGGUUUAACUGGUUAAAAACACCAGUGGAAUUGCUUUAACUGGUUCAUUUCUCCAAAGGAAUUGAUUUAACUGGCUAAACUUUUAACUGGAAUUACUUGAACCGGUUAAACCAAUUUUUUUUCCAAAAGUUUCCCCAUUCUAGCCCAGCAUUGUACCCCAGGUACCUGCCCCAGGUGCGUUCCUCCCGGGAAUGGUGAUUUCAGGGAUGCACAGAAUUCCAGGAUAUUUUGGGUUUAUCCACACAGAAUUCUGUAACGGUGCCAGAAUUCCAUGGGAAGGAGGGGGUUGGGUGUGCAAAGUCACUGGUGAAAGCGAAAGUGAAAUUUGAAGCUCUCCUUUCUGGGAAAGCAGCUGCUGGUCUAGGUCAGUUCGACCUGAAGUUAUUUUUGGGAGAUGGAAACAGCCCCGGCUGUGCCGAGAGCACCGGGAGGAGACCCCGUGGUGGGGGGAGAGGGGAGGGGUCUGGAGGCAGGGAGAGCCCAGAGCUGAGGAGAUUCCAAAACUGAGGAGAGCUCAGAGCUGAGGAGAGCUCAGAGCUGAGGAGAUUCCAGGAGCUGAGCAGAGCUCAGAGCUGAGGAGAGCUCAGAGCGGAGGAGAGCUCAGAGCUGAGGAGAGCUCAGAGCUGAGGAGAUUCCAGGAGCUGAGGAGAGCUCAGAGCUGAGGAGAUUCCAGGAGCUGAGCAGAGCUCAGAGCUGAGGAGAGCCCAGAGCUGAGAUUCCAGGAGCUGAGGAAGAUCCCAAGCCAGGAUGGGGUCCAACGCCAGCCACUCUGAGGAGGAGGUAAAGGUCAGCCGCUCUGUGGAGAUCCAGGUCUCCAACAACACCAAGAACAUUGUCCUGAAGGACCCCAGGACCUUCUUCUUCAACGGCCACAGGCUCUGGACCCCCGAGCCCUCGGUGGCCCCCGGCUCCUCCACGACCUGCAAGUUCCAGAGCCACACCUGCCGCUACGGCUGUAAGGGGCUCCUGGCCUUCCAGGCCAAGCCCUUCACCUUGGCCAUCUACUUCUCCAACCCCAUCGACUACGACGAGUUCUCCCCCGAGAUGGGCCUGGAGCUGUCCCUGGACAAGGUUCACAUGGGGUACCUGGAGGCCGCCUACCACCGCCUGGUCAGGAUCUCCUGCUGCAGAAGCUCCAAUGAAGACCUCGCAUUCCCCUCCGUCAUCCUCAAGGAAUCCCAGGAGACGGCCCGGCUGAACGCCGGCCCCGUCAAGGUGACGGCCACCAUGUCACAGGGCCAGGACACCGUGAUCAAGGUGAAGAUGGAGGAACAGGGGAGCUCCACGGCAGCCUUUGACUACGACUGGUUCCACCCCGAGAUGGAUCUGGAGCUGUUCCUGGACAAGGUUCACAAGGAGGGCCUGGACGCCGCCUACCAGCGCCUGCUCAGGAUGGCCCGUGGCGACAACUUCGCCUCCAUGGUCCUCAGGGAAUACCAGGAGCUGGAUGAGAUGAGCACCGGCCCCUCCAAGCUGAUGGCUGCCACACUGCGGGCCUGGGACGCCGUGAUCAAGGUGAAGGUGGAGGAACAGAAGAGCCUGGGCAGAGAGCUCAAAGCCAGGGCACUGCACUUCUAGGAGAAGUGAGAGCCUUCAGCUGGGCCUCGUGGCCAGCCCUGGAACCAGGUCUGAGACCACCUCAGAGCCCUGAAGACCCCACGAGGAACCCUCAGAUGUUGUGGCAGGGUUCUGCUUUUUGUUUCAAUUUAAUUUGUGUGCCAGCACCCAUCCUCUCCUUCUCCCGGUAAUGCUGUCUCUCAUUUGUAUCUCUUUGCUCUAUUUUAGAUUCUGUACCCCAGUUGUUAUUCGCACUGUUAGGUGUCAAUGCCUUCACUUGCCAGCUGCCACCCCCUAGAAGUUUCCCUGUUGGCCCUCAAGAAUUUGUCCCCUCCCCAAUCCCUUCCCAAUUGUCAAUCCCCUACACUCCAGACCUCUCCUGUCCCCCUUUUGUUUGCUUUGCUCAAUAAAAGGAGAAUUUCAGA